AUGUCGUCCUCGCCACCCGGCUGGGCGGGCGCCGUGGUGGGCCUGCCCGGGCUCGAGAGGGGCGACGGCCUGCCGUCGUUCGGUAUGGAUGCAGGGUACGUGCCUGUGCGUGGGACCGAGAGUGCGACGGGCACGCCGAAAGACUUUGCGCACGUGUUCUUCUGGCGGCACGGCGCCAUGUGGCCCCAGCGGCGCCGCAAGCUGAUCCUCUGGCUCAAUGGCGGCCCCGGCUGCUCCAGCAUGGACGGCGCGCUCCUGGAGCUCGGCCCGUUCCGGUUCCAGGGGAACGGCACACUGGCCCGCGUGGCGCGCGGCAUGGCAUGGAACGAGUACGCGGACGUGGUGUACGUCGAUCAGCCGGUCGGCACGGGCUUCUCGAUCGUGGACGGCGACGCGUUCGCGCAGUCGUUGCAGCAGGUCGCCGACGAGUUUGUCGCAUUCCUGCGUGGUCUCGUGCAGCGGUACCCCGAGUACGCGCGCGACGACACGGACGUGUACCUCGCGGGCGAGAGCUACGCGGGGCAGUACAUUCCCUAUGUGGCCAAGACCCUGCUGCAGACGCCCGAUGCGCCGCUCACGCUGCGCGGCGUGAUGAUCGGGAAUGGCUUCAUCGACCCGCGCACGCAGUACGGCACAUCGGUCGAGACGAUGCAGCUGGCCGGCGUGUGGCAGGCGCAGGGACCCGAGCUCCAGCACAUGGCGCCGUUCGUGCAGCAGUGCCGCGACGCCAUGAAAAAAGACACGGUGGUGCGCGCCGAGUACCCCGAGUGUGAGGCCGUGGCCAUCGAGGUCGAGCACCUGACGCUCACGAGCGUGCCGGGCGGCGAGCGCUGCAUCAACAUGUUCGACCUGCGCCUCAACGACACGGCGCCCGCCUGCGGCAUGAACUGGCCCCCUGAGAUCAGCGCCAUGAGUGCGUACCUCGCGCGGGCGGACGUGCGCGGCGCCCUGCACGUCGAUGGGCGCCUGCAGCCCGAGGCCUGGGUCGAGUGCAAUAGCCGCGUCGGGCGCGUGCUGCGGGCCGCCGCCCAGACCGAGGAGGCCAGUGUGCACUUCCUCCCGACGCUGCUGGAGCAGGGCGUGCGUGUGCUGCUGUUCGCCGGCGACCAGGACCUGGUGUGCUCGGCGCUGGGGCACCAGCGCCUCGUCGAUGCGCUGACAUGGCAGGGGCAGACGGGCAUGGGCGCACAUGCGCGCCCCGCGCCGUACCUCCUCAACGAGGCCCCGGUCGGCACCUGGAUCGAGGCACGCAAUCUCACCCUCGCGACGUUCUACAAUGCCUCGCACAUGGCGCCCUACGACGCGCCGUACGCAGCGCACGAUAUGAUGCUCCGCUUUGUCGGCGCGGAGCGCACAUGGCCGCCCGGCUCGGUGCCCUCGGUGCGCACGCGCAUCGGCGACAGCGAGGCGUGGCUCGUCGCCGCGCCGGCGUCGCUGGGCCUGUCGCGCGAAUGGAUGCUCGUCGCGCUCCUCGUGUUGGGCGUGGCCUUCUGCCUGUACCGGCGCCGGCGCGCGCGGCGCCCGGCGAGCGGCGGCCGCGCAUGCGCGCGCACGACUUGGAAAUGA